CUGCUCUUGUUUUCUCGUCUUUCCAGUGAUUUGGUUUCACAUUAAGCCCUUCAAGAUCUCAGAGGUCAAAGGGCCAUAACAAUCGAAGCUCCUAAAAGAGACAUUCUCAAUUCUCAUUUAUAUAUAAACCCUGACACUCAUAAUAGGGUGUCUCCAAUUCUUUUUUUGUUUCCUUCUUUUUUUUCCUUAAAUUCUCAGCACCCCAUUAAGAUUCCCGUCAGAAAGUUUUGAUUUUUAAUCUUAAUUUUUAAUUAACGAGAAUGAUUUGCUCUUUGAGACAACCUAGUAUAGGGAUCACUGGUUCUGAUGUUGUGUUGAGGCAAAAACACGCAACCCCAUUUCAAGCAUGUUCAUUUUUACCUCCUUUGCCGUUGAAGAAAAAACCCCAGAAACAUGUUGUUUCGGUGAACAAACCACUGCACGUUGCUUCUGUUAGUGUUGGGAAUUUUGGGUCAGUGAAGGAUUUUGAGGGUUUUGAAAAGAGAGAGAGUGAUGAUUUGGUGAAGUGUGGUGCAUAUGAGGCAGAUAGAUCAGAGAUUGAAGCAGCAGGUCCAUCAGAGGCUGCAAAGAAGGUGAAGAUUGGGAUAUACUUUGCAACAUGGUGGGCUUUGAAUGUUGUGUUCAAUAUAUAUAACAAGAAGGUGUUGAAUGCAUACCCUUACCCUUGGCUCACAUCAACACUUUCACUUGCUUGUGGCUCUCUCAUGAUGUUGAUCUCUUGGGCCACAGGGAUUGCUGAAGCCCCUAAGACUGAUCUUGAGUUUUGGAAGACUUUGUUACCUGUUGCUGUUGCACACACAAUAGGACAUGUCGCGGCUACUGUUAGUAUGUCGAAAGUUGCAGUGUCUUUUACACAUAUCAUCAAGAGUGGUGAACCUGCUUUUAGUGUCUUGGUUUCCAGAUUUCUCCUUGGUGAGACCUUUCCCGUGCCGGUCUAUCUAUCUUUGAUUCCAAUUAUUGGUGGAUGUGCACUUGCGGCUGUUACUGAGCUCAAUUUCAAUAUGACUGGUUUUAUGGGGGCUAUGAUAUCAAAUUUGGCAUUUGUGUUCCGUAAUAUCUUUUCCAAGAAGGGCAUGAAAGGAAAGUCUGUCAGUGGAAUGAAUUACUACGCAUGCUUAUCUAUUUUAUCCCUUGCCCUUCUCACACCAUUCGCAAUAGCCGUUGAAGGGCCGCAGAUGUGGGCAGCUGGAUGGCAAAUAGCACUCUCUCAAAUUGGACCCCAAUUCAUAUGGUGGGUAGUAGCUCAAAGUGUGUUCUACCAUCUGUACAACCAAGUGUCAUACAUGUCUUUGGAUGAGAUUUCGCCCUUGACAUUUAGCAUUGGAAACACCAUGAAACGUAUUUCAGUCAUAGUUUCUUCCAUCAUUAUCUUCCAUACACCAGUUCAACCUGUCAAUGCUCUUGGAGCUGCGAUAGCUGUCCUCGGAACCUUCUUAUAUUCACAGGCAAAACAAUAGACUUUUGGGACAAAAAAUUUCUGAGGAUUUAUUUGUUAUUGUUGAUCAUGCUCAAUUUCUCAGCUGGAGACAGAAGUUUGAUUUCGGAAUAUGAAUUUUUGCAAGACUAGGAUGAUCUAGUUGUGAGGCAUCUUUGUAGAUAAUAAAAAUAAGAAUAUUUGCUGAGGAAAUACGGAUGAGUAGUUCUUCUCUUUGUAAUUUUUUGUUUCCUAAUUCUAAAAGUGCCAAGGAGUGGAAGAAAUAAAAUGUUCAUAUUCUUGAGGAUGGUUUCUCAAAACAAUGUUUUAUGAGAAGAAGCAUCAAUAAUUAUGAUGAGUAUGAUCAA